UCACGCACGACUCACUUACGCCGGGCUGCCUGCGUCACAAAGCCAGCAUUAUAUAUCGAUUGUGACGUGUCCCCGCGGCCGACCAAUCACGGGGCAGCUCACUACCUGGAAAGGGGCGUUACGGCGGGAGACGUGCUACAUUGACGUCAAUCCGCUAAAAGCCGAGCUCUGGCGCACACGUGCCCUAGAAGACGGAGAAGUGCGCACCGGAGCUGAGACACAGAGGAGGAGGCGGCAGCGGUGCAUGGAUCCCAGCUCCACAGAAUUUGAUGAGGUAGAUGGCAGUGUGAUAUCACGUGUUAGAAGACGGAGAGAAGUAAAAGUUACCGGCAAAUACUUACCUCCAUUAGAGUGGGAAAAGAUAAAUGCAUCCCAGUCUGAUGAAAGACAAAAUUCUGCACAAAAAGAUUACCAAGCCGAUGAAUCAUCUAAAACAGAACAAGAGAAGCAAAGAAUGGAAUCAAGGGUGUCUGUACAAACUGCUAGCACCAAAGUUGCCGAGGAUGUGCCUGAAGAAGAAAUGAGCUCUAAACAAAAUGUUAAAGAUAUACAUGGAAAACCUAAGGAACAUCUGUUACCUUUGGGAUCAUCCAUACCUAAAGAGACAUUGGAAGAGUUAAAAAGCAUUCUAAAGGAAAGCCCAUUGAUUAUUCGUAAAAAUAAAUGGAAACCAAAAUCUACUACUAGCAUAACUCUGAUUCGUCCUCCAAACCAAGCUGAGAAGCCAAGUGAAAAGCUGGGUUUAACUUUUGAAACAUUUAGGCCAUGUUUGGAAAAAGAAAACCAGAAGCUAAAAUACACAGAAACACCAGAGGCAAAUGAAUCACAGGAUUUGUUAACGGAAGAGAUUUUACCAGACCAUACAGAUUCACAAAAGGAGGCACAAUUGUUGCAGCCUACUCAGACAUUCGAUGAAAGCCAAAUAUUAAUACCUGGUAAAUCAAACCAUGUUUCUGGAAUAAAAUUUGAUCCUUUCUCUACUGAUGAAACCAAAUGUUCCAGUAGUAAACACAUUUAUGUAAGUUCCAGUGGAGGUCAAAAUCCGCUUCAAUUAGCUUCUUGUGUUGAACAUAUUAAACAGCAGAUUGCUAGAGAAGACAUACGCUUUGUGAGAUUUGAAGCAGCAGAUCUGCAUGGAGUUUCAAGGUCAAAAACCAUUCCUGCACGUUUUUUCCAAGAAAGGGCAGUAAAUGGCAUUUACAUGCCACGGAGCUACCUUGAAUUAACUGUAAAUCCAAAGGACAAUGAAGUAGACCAUAUCAACUCCAUUCAUUUCAACAGUGACAUCAUUCUGAAACCAGACUUACAAACCUUUCAAGUUCUUCCUUGGACUGAAAAAACUGCAAGAGUGAUCUGCGAUUCAUUUACCUUUCUUGGGGAUCCACUUCUUACCUCCCCACGAUAUUUAGCUAAACAAUUACUUCAUCAGCUGGAGGAAAUUGGGUUUACGUUACAUGCUGCCUUCAUGUAUGAGUUUUGUAUUUUUGGUAUUGCUGAAAUUAUAAAUUCCAAAGCUAUCGCGUUCCCUGCUGCCACUUUGUUGACUGAUCAUGAUCAGUUAUUCAUGCAAGAAAUGUUUGAUGGAAUGUACUAUGUUGGUGGAAACAUUGAAAGCUUUUCACCUUCUAUUGGACCUGGACAGAUAGAGGUUUCAUUUAAACCUGAGUUUGGGUUGCAGGCUGCCGACAAUGCAUUCACCUUUAAAACUUCCAUCAAAGAAGUGGCUAAAAAACAUGGAUACAUUGCAAGUUUCUAUACUGAUAUGGUGGGUUUCUAUAAUUCCGGAGUUUUAACACACAGCUUGUGGGAUAUAAACGGAAAGAAAAAUUUAUUUUUUUGUGAAACGCAAGAACUUACAGGCAUUGGCAAAAACUGGCUAUCUGGGCUGCUCCUCCAUUCUGCUGCACUCAGUUGCUUGGUUGCUCCAGGAGUUGCUUGCCGAAAACAUUUGUCAAAGGACGUAAAAGAGUCACAAGAAAGCAUAUCUGCCACCUGGGGAUUCAACAAUAACAGCUCCACAUACAAUGUAAAAUCCUAUUAUAAUAAUGGAAUUUACAUAGAAAACAAGUUAUGUUCAGCAAUGGCAAACCCUUAUGUAGUCUUGGCUGCCACAGUUGCUGCUGGACUGGAUGGGAUCAAGAAGGGCCUCAACUUCUUUGAUAGCACAAACAGCAGCACAGAUCUUCCUGAACUUAAAGCAUUAUCUAUUCCAUUGAAACUAGAAGAUGCUCUAUGUGCAUUGCAAGAAGACAAAUGUAUCAGAGCAUCUUUGGGGGAACCAUUUAUUCGAUAUUUUAUGGCGAUUAAACAAUAUGAGUUGGAAACAGAAGAGGUAGAUUCUGAGAGAAAUAAAUUUCUUGAAUAUUUUAUAUAAAUUAUUACCAAGCAACAAAAUGAAAUUCUUGAAAAAAUAACAUGAGUUAGAUUUUGAAAUCUGAGUAAGAAUUAAAAGGGUGAACCUAGACUAGUGGCUUAUUCUGUAAAUAUGAUGCUUCUUUAGACUUCUCUAACCUUUAUACCAACUGUUGGUUAGCUUACUUUGCAUCAAUAUUCUACACCAAUUUUUACAACAUGCCCUUCCACUGAGACACACCCUUUCCAGUUUAAGCCACACCCACUUUUCAAGUUAUCCACGAAAAGUGGCUGUAAUCACAUCCACCAAAUUCUGGUACAUUUUGCAACAAGGCUUAGGCACAAACACAGUAGUAAAUGUGCCCAAUGUGUUUACAGUUUUAAAGUUUUAACAAAAGAUACACAUUCAAUUAUUUUAAAUGUUUUAUAUUGAAUUGAAAUGAUACUUACAUUUUAUACAUAUAUAUAUCUUUUUGAUUAAUUUUAGAUGCUUUAUUAUAUUUUAACUAGACAAACUUCAGAUUUUUAGGACAAAAGUCUGUGUUUCGUUCAAACAUUUACAUAUUUAAGUAGGUGGCUAAAGACAAACUAAUGAAUAUUUUAUAGGGCAUUAAUAGUGCUGAGUAACUACUUUGAAAAAAAUCACAGGAGACCUAGAAAAUGCUAAGUUAUGUGCUGCAAUAUGCGAAAAGGAUUUUUAAAGCCCUGUUGACUCCAAUGUAACAUUUGGCCACUGCUAUAAAAUAAAGGUGAUUUUAAUUUUAAUAAAAUUGUAUGGAUGAUGU